AUGUCGCAAAGCAAGUCUGCCCGCGGCAGCGCUGCUGGGAAAGGCAAGAAGGCCGGCAAGCCAAGCGCGGAGGAGAAGAGAGAAGACACUCUCCAGGCCGUGCUCAUAGCCGAUUCCUUCCAGACACGAUUUCACCCAUUCUCUCUGGAGAAGCCAAGAUGUCUCCUGCCCCUUGCGAAUACGCCCCUUAUCGAAUACACCCUCGAGUUUCUUGCCAUGAACGGUGUCCAGGAAGUAUUUAUAUACUGCGGCGCCCACCAUGACCAGAUCGAGCGAUAUAUCCACGACUCAAGGUGGUCCCCUGCCCUCAGAUCGUGUCCUUUUUCGAGCCUCGAAUUCAUCCGUGUUGCCGACGCUAGGUCUAUCGGCGACUUCCUCCGAGACCUGGAUAAACGCAAUAUCAUCGGGGGCGACUUCAUACUGGUACAUGGAGAUUUGGUUUCUAACAUUUUGCUUGACGGCGCUUUGGCUGCGCAUAGGGCGCGCCGGGGAGCAAAUCGAGACUCAUGCAUGACCAUGGUGCUACGUGAGGCCGGUGAAGGUCAACACAACACCAAGACGAAGGGGAUAACGCCGGCCUUCAUUGUCGAUCCCAAGGCCAACAGAUGCCUGCAUUACGAAGAAAUACAUCCGCUACAGACAGAUCGCUACGUCACCCUCGACCCCACCGUACUCGAGAGCCGCGAGGCCGAGGCGCGGACAGACCUGAUCGAUGCCGAGAUCGAUAUAUGCACGCCGGACGUGCUCGCCUUAUGGUCUGAGAGUUUCGACUACGAACUCCCGCGAGCCAACUUCCUGCAUGGCGUGCUCAAGGACUGGGAGCUCAAUGGAAAGAUGAUACAUACCGAGAUCGUUAGUGAGGGGUAUGGCGCGCGUGUCAGGAACCUUCAGAUGUACGACGCUGUUAGUCGGGACGUCCUGAGAGGCUGGACCUAUCCCUUCACACCCGAAUGCAAUCUCGUGAAGGGGCAGACUUACCAGCUCCAGGGCGAUAACGUCUACCAGGAAGACGACGUAGAACGGGGAUCGGGAAGCCAGGUGCUCGACUCCAUCCUGGGAAAAGAGACACAUGUUGGAGCAGGGAGCACGGUGAGAAAUAGUGUCAUCGGCCGAAAUUGUGUUAUUGGCAAAGAUGUGCGGAUUAUCGACAGUUUCAUAUGGGACGACGCGACGAUUGACGAUGGUGCCGUGGUGGAGCAUGCGAUUAUUGCCGAAAGGGUGACGGUGGGCAAAGGAGCCUUCGUCCACGAAGGCUGUCUUGUGUCUUACGGGGUUCGUUUAAGCGAUAAGACAAACGUACAGCCUGCCACGAUACUAUCCCUCCUCUCUCGCACCGGGGAACCUGUAUCGUCGCAACCUGAGUUCGUCGGCCCCGAAGGCAAGGGGGCACUCUUCCAGUGCUCGGAAGAUGAUGAGACAGGUCCAUAUGACCCGUCAACCUUGCAGAAAUCGCUUGUUUACUCCCUCGAAGAUCUCGACUUAUCUGACUCUUCUGUCUCGACUCUUGAGGGCGAUGACUACAUGUCCGACGAUGGGACCGGCCCAAUCUCGCCAACUGCUAGCCACCCAAACUCAAGAUCACGACUUUCUUCGUUCGCCUCGGACGAUUCAGGCGCACCGAAUUUCUCGUCGUUCCAUUCCGAUGCUGUCCAUGGCUUACUAGAUGUCCUCCGGGGUACCUCGGGCAACUUCGAAUCCGAGAAGCUGGAGUUUACGUCCUUGCGACUUGCUAAUAACGCAUCCGAUGCAGCGAUGCGAAAAGCCGUUGCAACGGCCUUCGUCCGCCGCGCCGUCGAGCUUAUGAAUUCGGAUGGUGACAACCUCGAACCCGCCAGAGCGGCAAAGCAAGUGCUCACAUCACGGGAGGGUGCCUCAAGCUUCGUAUCGGAAGUUGGCGUUGGUGACGAAUCCGUCUCGGAGCAGGUCGAGUUUGCGAUCGCUGUGCAGAGAGCAUGUGCAAAUAGCGCCAAGGUGAUCGAGCCUGCGAAAGCCGGGAAUCUCCUCGUAGCUAUGCUGCAACAGAUGUACGACCUCGACAUUCUCGAAGAGGAGGGCAUUCUAGGUUGGUGGGGGGAUGAUAGGGGGAAGGAAGAGGGUCUGAUGUCGGCGAUCCGACUUAAGAGCCAGGCACUCGUCGAGUGGCUUGAAAAUGCCGAUGAGGAGGAGAGCGACGAAGAUGACGAGGACGACGAGUGA